AUGGCGCCUCAGAAAUUUGGCAGCAUGCGCCACAAAUCACGGCCAACGGCAAUGCGGCUUGCUCCUUUCCGAGAUGACGCUGGCUUGGUCGCACUGCGGUACGAGGAAACAAAGCAGGCAGAACCCCCGAUCCCUAUUCCUCCGCCACGGAACCCACGCCGGCUGCUGAACCGAUCCCCGUCGACCACCACAUCGCCCUCUCUCAUUGUUGUCAAUCCUCCGCCCAUUCCCCCACCCCAGGAGGAGCACCCGCUCUUCCGGACCGGGGCCCUGCCGCAAAUCGAGGAACGGAAGCGAGACUCAGGGGCCCCGACAUCGUCUUCUGUCACGCUCCGUGAAGACGGCGCUGAGGAUCCCCUUUACCAGAAGCUCCUGGCCGAUAUUGCCGAUGCACCGUCAUCAUCUUCGGCAGACGAGCAAAGCCCCCAGUUGUCCCCGGCAAUUGACAGCCCAUUCGCACCUCCUCCCCUGAGACUUUCAAUCUCGCAUCGCACAGGGGAGUCAGCAAGCGAGGUUACCUCCCCAACGCAGCCGGAUCCACAGGCGUCGCCGACGCCUCAGAUCCCUCUGACCAGGAAGCUCAGCAAAACCUUCACCAUCAAGUCGUCGAGCGGAUCAAAACGGUUACGGAAAAAGAUGCUUGGCGGCGAUAAGGUUGCAUCUCAAGAUGCGCCUCCUGUCACGGAGCGGGGCUCGCCUAAGUCGCCGAAACGGCCCAAAUCGCCCAAGUCGCUCAAGUCCCCGAAGUCCCCUGAGCUUCCCCCACACUCGACAGGGUUCCCCAGCCACGAGGGCGAACAGGAUUCUGAACGUUCUGAAUCCUUUGCGCCCAUCACCACUCCCAUUCCCGAAGAUAGUUUAUGGGACGAGUUGGGCAAUCUCUCCUUCUCCACGAGGGGGAGUAUCAUGUUUGGCGGCAAGAGCAAAUCCCCCUUCAAUCUGCUGAUGAUGUCGACAACGACGACGCCCGCGCCGGGAACAGUCGCAGCCCCUGAAGAGCAGGCCGCGAGCACAUCUCACGAUUUGACGGACCCCAAGCCGGACACUGCGAUAACAAACCAUGCCGAUGCGAUCACUGAGAAACCCCGCGCCGCCGCCCAUGUUGAUUCACUGUCUGUGCCCAGCAUUCGUGUCUCGUCGAUAGACGUAGAGAGGGAAUCACAAAAGGUGAGAUCGCUCUAUGAAUCUGGCGAUGACCUGAUGUGGGAAGAUGGGGCCCCUGUCUCGUUUGCCGAGCGUCUCGCGCCCACACAGGAAGUUCCAUCAGAAGAGGAAGAAAACGUCGUAUCAUGUCGCCAGUCAGACCCUCCUUCAGGACCUCCUUCGACUCUACCGCCAGGCGAUCAUCUCACUUCGCUUACGCGGGCAUUAGCCAUUACGCCACGGUCGGCCAAUUCCUUAUCACCGCAACGAGAUAGCCAGGUCAGGCGAGAAUACGAGUGCGCGGGCGGCAUCGAGGAUUGGGAGGAUCUAGAAGGCGCAAGUGUCGACCGUUAUGGGUUCAUAAGCAAUAAGAGGCCGGUAUCCAGAGCAGGGUCGGCAGCCGAGUUGAAAUCAUCGCAAUUUGCCCCUAGGAGGAGGAAUGUCUUGGUCAAGCGCCCGGUGACAGCCUACUCCUCGUCGGCGCCAGGAGGCGGCUUUAUGCGCCCUCCAAGCAGGAAGGUUUCGGCGCGAUCACUCAACACUUACACGUCUGAGUUGUCAACAGUCUCGCGGCGGUCAACUCGGUCGUCACUAAGGGCCGCUGCGAAUCGACUACCGCACAACAGGGACCGUAGAUGGAUGGACGAGGCCGGAGAAAUGCUGUCCCUACAAGCCGGUCUUACUGGCAUCACCGACGACGACAAGACGGGCAAGACCAUCGAAGCCCAAAAACGCAAGGAGGCGGAACGAUCCGAGAAAUGGAGGAAGAUGGCCACUGUCGUCAAGGCCGAAAAAGGAGCCCAAAGUCUAGGCCAGGCACAGGGUCAAGGAAUGAGCUACGAGUUUGACACAAAAAGCACGAAGUUGAUCGAGCGCACCUGGAAAGGGAUCCCUGACUGCUGGCGAUCGGCAGCCUGGUAUUCGUUUCUCGCGUCGAGCGCCAAGGCAUGGAACAGCAGCGAAACAGACGAGCGGCUGAUAGCCGAAUUCAAAAGACUACAAAACGUAGCAUCCCCAGAUGACGUGCAGAUUGAUCUGGAUGUGCCGAGGACUGUCAAUGGACACAUCAUGUUUCGGAGAAGAUAUCGCGGCGGUCAGCGUCUGCUGUUCCGCGUACUUCACGCCAUUUCACUCUACUUCCCCGAAACAGGCUAUGUGCAGGGCAUGGCGUCGUUGGCCGCCACGCUGCUGUGCUAUUUUGACGAAGAACGAUGCUUCGUCAUGCUUGUGCGCCUGUGGAGGUAUCGCGGACUUGAGUACCUGUAUCAGCCCGAGUUUGCCGGGCUUAUGGCAGCGCUGGAAGAUCUGGAGACCCGGUGGCUGGCCGGCAAGGACGUAGCCAGCAAACUUAAGGAACUCUCCAUUCCCGUAACCGCCUACGGCAUUAGGUGGUACCUCACCCUGUUCAACCUCUCAAUCCCCUUCCCAGCACAGCUCCGCGUGUGGGACGUGUUUAUGCUCAUGGGCGAAUGUCCGCCCGACUUAUCCGACUCGACGACCGAAGCAGAAAAGGAAAAGGGCAAGUCCAAGGAGGUAACCGGUGACAGCAACCUUGCGAGAUCCCUCAAGGGUCUUGACAUCCUGCACGCCACCAGCGCGGCCCUGAUCCACGCCCUUAGGGACGUGCUGCUGGACUCAGACUUUGAGAACGCCAUGAAGGCACUGACGGCUUGGAUCCCCAUCAAAGACGAGGACCUGUUGAUGAAGGUCGCGAGGGCUGAGUGGCGGCGGCAUCAGGGGAGAAGGGCUGCUAAGGAUAAGGAUAAAGACAAGUGA